AGCAGCUCCCGGUAGUUCCCCUCCCCGCCGGCGGGGGCGCUGUCAGCUGAUCCCGGGCUGUCAGCUGGGUGUCAUGGCGGCGCCCUGUUAGAGGUUCAUAUCACGGUGAAGCUGAACUUCAGAGUGAGUCGUUACUUCAGGAUGAGCUGAGAGAAGAAACGCGUCACUAUCAGGUAUGAGUGUGAUGUCAUCAGUGAUGCGGGGCGCCAGGCGGCUCGUCCACGCCGACCCGGCGCUGAUCGGCAGCUUCCUGUCCCUGCCCCGAAGCCCCGCCCCCCUGCUCGCCUGUCAGCAGAGCAGGAAACUCGCCACCAAACAGGUCAAAGGUCAGAAGAAAGAUCAGAAGAGCAAGGUCAAACCUAAAGUGGACAAACAGGAAGUGGAGAUCAGACAGAGGAUGACGGUGGAGGCUCUCGCUCACGCCAUGAACAAAGACUUCGAUCACGUGUUGGAGGCGCUGCUGAACACGGCGGUGGACGUGGACGCUCUGGAGCCGGACUCGCUGCUGGAGGAGCGCUGGAUCAAGGAGGUGGUGACUCGGUCGGGGAUGAAGUUCAGAUGGGCCAAACUGAGCGCCAGCAGAGAGAGAGAGAACCGGGACGCCCAGCGCAGACCUCCAGCUGACCCGGUCAGCCUGGUGCCCCGCCCCCCAGUGGUCACCAUCAUGGGUCACGUGGACCACGGGAAGACCACGUUACUGGACAGUCUGAGGAAGAGUCAGAUCGUCUCCACGGAGGCCGGCGGCAUCACGCAGCACAUCGGAGCCUUUCUGGUCCAGCUGCCUACAGGUGAGAAGAUCACCUUCCUGGACACGCCGGGUCACGCCGCCUUCUCCUCCAUGAGAGCUCGCGGAGCCGACGCCACCGACAUCGUCAUCCUGGUGGUGGCGGCGGACGACGGCGUGAUGAACCAGACGGUUGAGUCCAUCCAGCACGCCAGGAGAGCCAAAGUCCCGGUGAUCGUGGCCGUCAAUAAGUGUGAUAAACCGCAGGCCGACCCUCAGAGAGUCAAACAGGAACUGCUCGCUCAUGACAUCGUCUGCGAGGAGUUCGGAGGAGACGUUCAGGCGAUCCACAUCUCUGCUCUCAAGGGCGACAACCUGCUGGCUCUGGCCGAGGCCACGGUGGCGUUGGCGGAGGUGUUGGAGCUGAAGGCGGAGCCAAGCGGCCUGGUGGAGGGACUCAUCAUCGAGAGUCGCACCGACAAAGGAAAAGGUCCCGUGACGACCGCCAUCAUCCAGCGGGGGACACUGAAGCGAGGUUGUGUUCUGGUGGCGGGGAAGAGUUGGGCUAAAGUCCGCUUCCUGUUUGAUGAGAAUGGGCGAGCGAUGACGGAGGCGGGGCCGAGUGCUGCUGUGGAGGUGGUGGGCUGGAAGGAGCUGCCGUCUGCUGGAGAGGUCAUUCUGGAGGUCGAGUCAGAGCAACGGGCGAGGGAGGUGGUGGAGUGGAGGAGUUAUGAGGAGGAGCAGCAGAAGCUGCAGGAGGAGCAGAGCGCCAUCGAGCUGAAACAGCAGCAACACCUGGAGGAGUACAGGAAGGAGAGGGAGGGGCUUUCUCACCUGAGCUGGAGGCAGAGGAAGUCGGCUCUGUACCGAGCCAACAAGACCAAGUUCGCCAUGAGACCCAGCGAGAGGACGCAGAGAGACGAGCUCAUGCUGCCGCUCAUCAUCAAAGGUGACGUUGACGGGUCGGUGGAGGCCAUCUUGAAAGUCCUGGACAGUUACGACGCUCAGCAGCAGUGUCAGCUGGAGCUCGUUCACUUCGGCAUCGGCGAUGUUUCAGAGAACGACGUCAGUUUGGCCGAAACAUUCGCAGGUUCGAUCUACGGCUUCAACGUGGGGGCGAACAGGUCGAUCCAGCAGCUGGCGGCGAGGAGAGGCGUCCCGCUGCGUCUGCACAGCAUCAUCUACAAACUGAUCGACGAGCUGAAGGACGAGCUGAGCAGCAAACUGCCGCCGGUCGUCACGGAGAACGCCAUCGGUGAGGCGACGGUUCUCGCCGUGUUUGACGUCUCUGUGGGGAAGAAGAAGGUCGCCGUCGCCGGGUGUCGCGUUCAGAAAGGUCAGCUGGACCGGCGGCACAAGUUCAGACUGAUCCGAGGCCGAGACGCCAUCUGGGAGGGUUCUCUGGAGGCGUUGAAGCACCACAAAGACGACGUGCAGACGGUGAGGACGGGGAUGGAGUGCGGUCUGUCAGCUGACUCUGAUGUAGAGUUCAGAGCCGGUGACAUCGUCGUCUGCUUCGAGGAGGUCGAGGCGCCGCAGGUCACUUCCUGGGACCCCGGCUUCUGAUGACAACACUGACCUCCCAUGAUCCUCUGCUGCUCAGGGGUUCGACUCCCCGUCUGGACGUCGUGUUCACGACGCUCAGACUGAACGAAGACGAAUGAUGUAAAUCUGAACUUUGAACUGAAAGUCUGACGUUCACGUUUCACCAAAAUCUGCAACAGCAGAUCUCUUCUUCAUGUUUCAUAAAUCAGUACAAACCAAACUGACUCGUCUGUGUGACCUUAACGAUGUAAAACAGGAAGUCAACAUCAGUCUCAGUCUGUAACCACACCCAACUGUGAGGUCACCGCGUACCGGGUGACGUCAGUGCAGCAGGUUAAAUCUAAUAAGUAACAAACACACCAUCAGUUCAAACUGUAUCAAAGAUUCUGAGAAAUGAUUCUGUUGUUUCAGAGUUUUAAUAAAAAGUUUAAACUUUG